AUGGUGGUGACAGACAGCCUGCUGUGCCCUUUCCCGUUUAAGGAUGAGACGGAGAGUGACACAGAUACCCUGGACACACAGACUGACAACAGCUCCUGUCCGUCGUCUCCCACGCCAGUUAUACAAACCAGACAGCCAUCCAACAAAUGUCCAGUGUUGCCAAUGGAUACUGUGAUCUUGGUUGCCAAAGCCAAAGAUGGGAGUAAAAAGUCGUUGGUGUUCAGAAGUCUGCUGAAAAACCGCAGGGCUCCAGGGCGGAUAGAGAAGAUUAGGAUAAUCAAAACAUC